UGUGUAUAGCGGUGUGUGAAUGUGAAACUGUAUGAUGGGUUUAUUUUUGCACUAAAAUGUUACAUUUUACAGUCUUGUGUGCCCUGUUAAAAUCCCUUGUCAGAAAAUCAUAAAGUAAUACUAAUGUAUAGAUUUUAUCAUAAUUUAAAAAAAAAAGUUCUGAAGGACAAAAUAUAAAAUUCUGUUUAUCCAGAGGAUUCAUCUUGUUUGAUCCCUUUCAAAUUAAUAGAAAUAAUCAUAGAAAUCCCAUUAGCAGUCUUUAUUAUUAUUAUUUUUUUUUGGUGAAGGAUAUUUUUCAGAUGAUUUCUUUGAAGACUAGACUUGAAAUCUCCAGAAUCGCAUUAAAUUAUUGUCAAUCAUUUCUUCAUACCGAAAAACCUCAGGUAGUUCAAAUGGACUGUACAGUAAUGUGCAAUAAAGUAAAACUCAGGGGUGGCCAAUUAGGCGAGGGUGUCAAAUAUCCAAAAAAAUGAAAAGGUUUCUAUUUUUUUAAGCCUUUUUUUGUCCCAGUGACAUAUUGUGCAUCAGUGCCUUUUUAUGAGGUACAAUCAAUGAUCAUCUUUGUGUCUGUGAUUUUAUCAUUAAACUCAGAUUUAUUAUUACUGUUUCCCUCCUUGUAUUUCCUCUUCCACCUAAUUUAGACUUGUUAUUAUGCAUUGAAAUAUUAUUUUAGUUCAUGUUUUAGUUUGAUUAGUCAUUGCUGCAGGCACUGAAACAAAACAAAGGUUUUGACAUAAAGCUAAAUUUAAUUUCUAAUUGUAUUCUAAUUUUGGUCACAAUGUAAAAUGCUUGUUUUCUAGUGUUACAACUCACUCUGACAGAGACUACACAGUACUCUUUGUAUUUGACGUUAAUUUAGCUAUAGUUUAGGAAAUAGAUUUCAAAACAACGUUGAAUCAAACCAACAAAUUAGGCUUCUAUCAAAGUCUGAAGAAAGAGGAGUUACAGACGUUAAAACAAAAUGUGUUUCAACGCUCUAGUCCCGGGCCUACAUGCAGCCAGCUCAUUCAGCAUUUAGGCUAGGGUCAGGCUUACUGUAUUUUUUGCGCUGUAAGUGCACGAGCCGCUCCCUCAUGAAGCCGAGGGCAUCCUCCAGAGAUUAGGGUUCAUGUCCAUCCUAAGCUGUUUGUUUACUCACAUCUCCAAGUGUUGUCGCACAUCUGAACUCCUCAGCACGACUCUCUUGGCCUCGCUCGUAUCUGACAGGCGUUCAGUCGGAUGAAUGUGUAAACAGAAGGGCGGUCUCAGGUGAGAGGCUUGAGUUUCAGCCGCUUCCGAAGUCUUAUAAUCGAGCCAUCAAGUUCAUCGAUCAGUCAGAGAGAUUGCCUGGGCUGGAAACUUAUCAGAUCUUAGUUUUGUUUUUAUCGAGCGUUUCUGAAGAAUGAACGGGCAUUUUCUAUUCGUGCCACUUUGGUUGAACUUUUAAGUUCUGUUGGACACCUUUAGGAGCGUGUUUGUACAUUUAAACAUGGAGGAACUAAAAUCCCCGGUGGGCUUUUUCCACAAGUCCUCGUUCAGCAUCAGCAACUUACUGCUCCGACACGAGCGCGCGAGGACCGACGCGACCACCGCGCCAGAAGCACCGCGCUCCCGCGCCACGAAGCCGCCUGCGCGCUCAAAUCAGCCAAAUGACGGAAAAGACAAACCUAUUAGAGAGCGGAACGACUCUGCCACCAUACCGGCUAAAAAAGAGGUAGUAGGAGAUCCAAAGUGUGAAGGAACCGAUGGACAAGAGAAGAAGAGUAAACCCGAUAAGCCUCCGUUCAGUUAUAACGCGCUUAUCAUGAUGGCCAUCCGCCAGAGUCCGGAGCGACGGCUCACCCUCAACGGCAUCUAUGAGUUCAUCAUGGGCAACUUCCCGUACUACCGAGAAAACCGGCAGGGCUGGCAGAACUCCAUCCGACACAACCUGAGCCUCAACAAGUGCUUCGUCAAGGUCCCGCGCCACUACGACGACCCUGGGAAAGGAAACUACUGGAUGCUGGACCCGUCCAGUGAUGAUGUGUUCAUCGGAGGAACCACCGGGAAGCUCAGGCGCCGGUCUACCGCGGCGUCCCGCGCCAAGCUGGCCAUGAAGAGAGGCGCUCGGCUGACCUCCACCUCCGCCGCCGCCGGGCUCGCGUUCGCCGGCUCGUUUUACUGGCCCGUCCCGCCGUUCGUGGCGCUCAAGCAUCGCCAGCCGAACCCCGCGGCCCACCACAACAACUACGCCGCGUCGGUUCUGUCCCAAAGCUCGCGUCACUUCAACUCGGUCGGUCCCGCAGCGGAAAGACUUCUUCUCCCGUCCGGUCAAGAGGCAGCUUAUUGUGGGAUGGGUUGUGACCAGAUGACCUCCGCCUCCUCCUUCUCCACAUCUGCGUCUGUGCCUCUGUCCCUCUCUGCGCCCUGCUCUUUUAAUUUACUCUCCAAUCAGUCCAGUUACUUUUACUCCCAUCAGGUGCCUCACACAGCGGGACUGUCGCCCUGGUCGCGCGAGGAAUCGUACUUCUCCAAAACAUCUCCUUCUGGACAGUUUUUCCCGGGAAAGCCAUCUCCUUCUUCCGACUACAUUGGAGGACUAUGUACAGACAUUCCCAGUUAUUUUCCUCAUUUUAACACUGCCACCUCAAUGCACUGA